AUGUCUGAUACAAUUUUAUAUUUUAUUGCUUUUAUUGUUACUUCAUUUGUUAUGGUAUUAAAGUGCAUAAUAGUUGCACAAAAAAGGACUAAUCGACAAGCUAGGCAAUUGAAUACAACAAAUCCAACCAUUUCAUCAUCAUACACUUAUGACCCAUCUACUCAUUCCCCCCCAUUCCCAUCUACUCAUGUUCAUUCCCACACGCACAAUGCAGUCACUCCGAGCGCACCACAAGCAAUUUCAACAAUUUACACAAGCGAUUUCAGUAGACAAAAUAAUGAACUUCCAACAUACACAGAAAUUUUCAUUGAUGAUCUUCCAGCAUAUCAUCAAGUAGUCAAUGAAACUGCAGUUCAUUCAAGGAACUGA